AUGUAUUUUUCUGAUAGAAAAAGCCAUGUUCCUCUACUUGACAGUAAAAGAAUGUAUAUUCAUAUAAUUAAAGACUCUUGGUAUUGGGCUGAUAUACACAUCGAAUCUCUAAAAUACAUAAUAGAUUUAGACUUUAAUUCGAUCAAAGCCGCAAUUGUUCUUUUAGAUUUAGGUGGUGGGGCACAUGGAAGAGUUUGGCUAUGUUGCUCUUUAGAUGGUUAUGUAUUUGUUUUAAAAUUUUCAGCAGAGGAAACCAUUUCAGAAUUAAUAAAAGAAUCAAAAAAUUGGAAAAUAUUUUGGGAUUUUAAUACAAUGGUUGAAACAUGGAACGACAGAACAGCACUAAUGAUGCCAUUUUUAUUACCAGCUACAGAAGACGAUUGGAAAGAUAAACAAUUUGUCGAAAGAGUAUCUGAUACUAUAAAACAACUAGCAGUCAAUGGUCUUUAUCACCAAGAUUUAAGAAAGAGACAUGUUGGGAAAUAUAUAGAUAAAAAGAAACAAACUAAAAUAGCUUUUUUUGAUCUCUCCUUAUGUGAAGCCAAUAGAAAAGAUAAAAAAGAAAUUGAAAUUUUAAUGAAAAACAGUCUCUUUGAUAAUAACUAUCAUAUUUUAGAAAUAAAUUAA